AUGUCACCACUGGGUUCACUGCAAGAGGGUCCCAUUCCUCAUAGGGUUACUUUUGAUGAAACAAAUCCCGAUGAGCCCCCAAGUAAGCGUAGAGCAGUGUUGGAAGAUAUCCCUGAAGAAGAAAUGGAAGAGGUUCCUGAGCCACAGGAUGAUGGGUAUUCUCCUUCACUAGCGCCUGAUGACGCAAUGCCCGAAGCUCCCAUGGAGCCAGACAUGCCAGAGUUGCCGCCUGCAGCCCCAGAUGACGUGUCCAAUUCACAUGACGAAGUCAUGGAUGACCAGCCGCCAGAGCACUCAGUUUCCAGCGCCACCAAGCACCAGCGUGUGACAGCAAUGUCAGACUCAGUGCAAGGACCACUGAGUGAACCUGAGAUGCAUAUGGCCGGUGGUUUGCUCGCCCGUGCCAUUACCUAUGGACAGUCUCAAAGGUUGUCCAAGGUGAUUUUCAAUUCGAUUGGUGGGAAGCCGCUCGCAGUCAAUGCCUAUUACUUCCUGAAGCACACUGGAGAAGAGGUCGGCACCAUGGCCGAUAGUUCAAAGCGCCAGCGUGAUUUCGAUUUGGAAAGUUGGGAUAAUGUGACGGAGUCAGGUGUGAAUUCCCCGGCUGCUUCGAGCCGUGCUGGAUAUCCUGAUAUCUCCUACCAAGGAAUGAUGCCACAUGUUGAGCCGCCAUUUCCAGGGUCUGGGAAAGGAUUCACCAAUGAUGAAGAUGUGACGAUUCCCAUGCCGAAUGAUGUGGCGAAUGUGGAUGAAUGGUCGCAGACCGUGCUCAAGCUCCCCAAGGUCGCUGAUCUCAAGAUCACCUAUGGCCAGUUUCUUGAGCGUGCAAAGAAUGAUCCUGAUCUCUCCAAGUAUGCCAACUACAUCAUCGAGACGUUUGGCCCCCAUGUGAAGAACAAAAAGACCACCAGCUACACCCAGGGUGUGGAUUUUGCCCAUUUCCUGUGCCGUGUCAAAUAUGUUCAGCAAAGCCAUGGAGGGCCCUUGACGCCAAUUCGAGGCGUGUCGGAUGGAAAAAGCAAUGGAUGCGUGCCCUUAUCCUUGAUGGAACCCGUGGGUGCGGACAACAAAGGGGCCGAGGGACAUCAUCAUGGCAUGGGCGACUUGUCCUUUCCUUCUGCCGUGGCCUCUGCUCUCAUCAACCACAUGCUGAUGUUUGGCAUGUGUUGUGCCUACGGUAUGAUCAUCUUCAGUGAGGAAAGGCAUUCAGAUCACCGCGCAUUGGGAGUGAAGAUGUGUCUGGCGGCGGCCUUCGUGUCGGGGGGCCUGAUGUCCAUCUGUUCGGGGAUCCCCAUCGCCAUCGGCGGCACGGAUCUGAAUCCCGCGGUCUUCUACGGGGACUUCGUCGUGGCCAUCGCAAAUGCCAUCUCCGCUGACCUCGGUUUGGAUGACUAUAGCUAUGACGACUAUUCCGGUGGUCGGCGCUUGGCAAAAAAGGACAAGACCAAGUACUUCUGCAAAGGCACACACAAAUCUCUUCACCAAAGUGAGUGUGAGACCUACCAUGAAGAGCUGCGAGCCACGGUGAUCUUUUCGGUGGCUUUGUCAACCCUACUGCUAGCUCUCUUGUGGUCGGUGCUGGGCAAGUUGAAACUCACGCGCUACGUGGGUUACAUGCCCUACAGCAUCUCAGAGGCCUUUUUGGCGUGUGUCGGAUACAAGGUCUUCUUCUACGCCCUGAAGUUUUGUGACAUGGAACCGCAGCAGUUCAUGCCCGCGGCUCUCAUUGGCAUUGCUUUGUAUUUCAUCAAGGCUCUUCACAUUGGGAACCCCACCAUCAUGAUGCCCUUGGGCCUAUUGGUGCCACUCUGCAUCUUCUGGGGGGUUGUCUUUGCCACCGGCGAGAAUGUUGACUCUAUGCGCCAGCAAGGUUGGCUCUUCGUAGAAAUUGGCAACGAGCCAUUCUGGUGGGUUUGGACAGACAGCAUUGGGAAGUACGGCAGCAUCAAUUUCAGCGCUUGGGCGCGGACCCUUCCUGACUUGGCAGUGUUUAUCAUUGUCUCCACCAUGGACUGUGUCCUGAAGAUCCAUGCCACUGAAAGCAAACUGCCCUUGAAGCCGGACAGCGAUAAGGAAGCCUUUAAGUUUGGCUGCUUCAACUACAUCUUGGCCGCCUGCGGGGCCGCAACGGGCUACAUGCAACUGAAAUUCAACGUCAUCAGCUAUGGCGUCAUGCGCAACGCACGGGACCGCCGCGCUGGGAUGAUGUACGCCUUGCUGUGCGCGGCCUGCUAUUUCAGCACGGUGGAGCAUUUUAACUACCUGCCCAAAUUGUUCUUGAGCGCGCUCUUGUUCUUUGCGGGAGCGGGCUUCGUGACGGACAACAUGUGGGGAUCUCGAAAAUUCCUUCAUGUGAAUGAAUGGCUGGAGAUUGUGAUCAUUGUGAUCGUUUUCAUCGUGGCGGGACAGCUGAUUUGGGCAGUACUGGCUGGAGUGAUUCUCUCGGGUAUUGCGUUCAUCGCCAAGUGCCCCAGAUGCACUGGUGCUUUGUGGGAAAAUCGAAAGCCCAAGAGGUAUGCCCGGGUGCCUGCCAUUGUGGGUCGGCCCCGAAAGGGAGAUGAGGUGAACACCCGCGAUCGACCGGUGGGUGAGGUCGGUCAUCAGAGCUUUAUGCAUAUUGCUUCGGAGUGGAUUAUGAUUGUCCAUUUGAAGGGCUACGUCUUCUUCAGCUCCUGUGUGUCGAUCGUCCGACAGAUUGAAGAGAAGUUCCAACACGAAGACAAGCACCAGGUGGAAAGCUUCCGUCGCUUGAAGUUCUUGGUCUUUGAUGCCAAGAGCCUGGAUGGUAUGGACGCCUCGGGUGCCAUGAGCAUGUUGAAACUCUCGCGCAAGGCCAAUCAGCGGGGCAUCCGUGUGUUUUGGAGCGGGCUGAAGGACGACCUGGCGGAGGAGAUGAAACACCGACACAUCUUGAAAGACGGAGGGCAACUCUUUGAAGAUUUACAUUCUGCUAUGACACACUUGGAGAAACGCAUCUUGCAGUACAAGGCUCAGCAACAGAGGGAGUGGAUGAAUCUGCAUCCAGCGUUUGUGCGUGAUCGCAAGCUGAUGGAGCAGCGCAUCAACUUCGAACCCUUUAGGGAGGUGUUCCUCUCAGACGGUGCGCGACUGGGAUGUCCCUGGCGCUACUGCAGCCGCUUGUCCAUCAAGAGCUUCAAGACCAUGCUGUGCGUUCCGGGCGACCUGCACCGACCGCUCUACCUCGUUCAUACCGGUGCUGUGGCUGUGCUGGAUGCAGUACCUGAAGAGGGAAGCAAGGACCAAAAGUGGCAACGGCCGCGCUUUGUUUUGAGGCAGGGUUGGUUCGUGAAUGCCAACAGUUUGGUGGGCGCCCCUUCGGAUGGCUAUGCCGUGGCCGUGGAGGACGGCGAGGUGCUAUUUUGGACUGAGGAGCAGUGGUGGCACAUGGCCAAUGAGCAUCCACUGAUGAUGAUGGAACUGUCCAAGGCGGUGAUGCGUCAGCAAGGCAGUCAUCACCUGCAUCGCGACCCGGAGGCAAGAGUGGAAGAUACCAUCACGAUGGCAGCGGACAUUGAGGAAGAAGAGGCGGACGGCUUGGCCAUGUCUUGGAUGCGAGGCGUGAGCGAGGACACCGAAGCGGAGGAGGACGACGAUGUGAUCCCUACGGAACAUCAUAUCCUGCAGAAAGUCAGCAAUAGCAGAGAGAUUCGCCGAACCCAUGAGGUCCUUUGCUCGCCCAUCGUGCUGGGCGAUGCCUUCAAUCGCGAAAGCUUGACCAAGCUGCCGCAGCUGCAGACGAGGAUCCUGGAGAUGCACUUUGCGCGUGCCCUGGGUGAGCUGGGCUUCUUCAGGAAGGAUUCCGCUGAAGGGGUUCUGCCAGAGUUGCCGAGGGUCCUCUUAGACGACUUGCGCGUGGCCUUCUACACCUUCGCUCAACGCCCCGAUGAUCAGCCAACG